AUGAUUUAAGCUUCCUUACAUGCACAAGUUGGAAUAACUUAGUUAGUUGAAUCAACGCAUGAUAAGCAAUUUGUAUUAGUUGAACAAUUUACACAAGGUUUAAUUCAUUAAGAAAAAGCAUUAGAAUUCAGAUAAUAUCCAUCAUUACAUUUUGUACAAACUGUUCCUGAUGUACAUGUAUCACAAUUACUAGAGCAAGCAAAACACAUAUAUGUAGAAGUAUUCAUACCCAUAUCUGACUUACAAUUGCAAGAAGGUGUUGAUUAAUUUGUAGUAUCUACACAACUUGUACAGCUUGUUUUUUAAAUUUGACAAUUUUAGCAUGGUUUUUAACAUGCAUGGCAAUUAUCCAGUUAUAAUAACCAGAUAUGCAAGAGGAACAAACUCCGUAAGGACAUUAACAAGGACUUGUAAUAACAAUAAGAUUAGAAAUAUGAAGUAUAAAUAGCCUUGCCAUAAUUUAAAUUGAUUUGCGAAUAAAUGAAAGUAAUAUUAUUAAUAAAUAUUAUUAGUAAGGUUUACCUUUAGUAACGGG